AUGAUUUUAAAUGGAAAUUAUCUAUUAGGAAUAGAAAAUUCAACAAAUAAAAAUCAUAUAGAUAUGACGAAUAUAUCUUCUCGUGGGAAAAAUACUGUAAAUAAAGAAUUUAACUCUAAAAUGGAUAGUCUUAUAGAAUUAACAGAAAAUUCUAGAAAUAAAAUUUCUUUGUUAGAAUCUCAGAAUAAAACAAAGAAAAAAGAAGUAGAAGGUGAAUAUAUUUUUUUAAAAAAAAUAGGAGAUGUUUGUAAGAGAAGUUGUGAUUACUAUUAUGAAACAAAUAUAAAUUUUCUUGAAUCAUGUGGAAAUUUUAAUAUUCUUUUUAAAACAUUUAGUAAUUCAUUAGUAAUGAUAAAUAAGAAAAACGAAGAUGCAGAAAAAACUAAAGAAAUUUUAAAAAAAUAUGAAGAAAAAGAAUUAUUAUAUAUGAAAGAAAAAGAAGAAAUAUAUGAAAAAAUAAAAAAGGAACUACAAGAAUCGGUAAAUCAUAUAAAUUUUAUGAAUAAUGAAUCUGUAAAUAUGACUAACAAAAUAAAAGAAAUAGAUUAUCAAAUUAAUCAACAUAAGGAAGCAUUUGAAUCAUUUAAUAUUUUAACCAAUUUAAAUUAUGAAAAAAUUAAUCUAUUAGAAAAUGAUUUAAAAAAAUUAGGUGAUGAAAAAGACAGUAUAAUAAAUAAUAUAGAUGAAAAUAAGGAAAGUAUAAAUAUAUGUAGACAAAAUUUAAUUAAUCAAAAAAGUGAACUGGAUGAAAAAAAUGAUAAGUUAAUAUUAAAAGAAAAAGAAUUAAAAUUUCAAAAAGAAAAUUUAAUAAUUAAAAAGAAUGAAUUAGUAUCUAAUAACUUAAGGAUAAAAUCACAAUUACAAUUUUUAGAAAAUCAAAUAUCAUCACAAGAAUAUUAUUUAAAUGUAAUCAAUUCUGGUUUAAAUAAUACACUAAAUACAAAAAAAGAACUAGAGGAAAAUGAAGAAAAUAUUGAAACGGAAAUUAAUAAUUUAUUAAUAAUGAUAGAAAAAAUAGAUGAAGAAAAAAGAAAAGAAAAUGAUAAAUUUAAUGAAUUACAUAUAAAAUUAGAUGAAUUAAGAAAUGGACUAAAAACAAAAGAAGAAGAAUUAAUAGGAUUAAAGAAUGAAGAGAAAAUUUUAAAUGAUCAAAUUGAAAAUGAAAAGAAAAAGUUAAAUAAAAACAUGUUAAAUGACUUAACUAAGGAGAAAAAUAUCAUAGAAGAAGAAAUUACAAAUUAUAAAGAAGAAAUUAAAAAUUUAAUUUUAAAUGAGAAAAAUAAAAUAGAUAUUAAUGGAAUUGAUAUUGACGUAAAUUAUAAGGAAAACCAAAAUCUCUUAAGUAACUUAGAAGAUAUUUUAGAAAAAAUGAAAAUAAAAAUUAAAGAAGAACAAGAUGAGCAAUGGAAAAAGGAUAGAGAAAUUCAAAACAUAAAUGCGAAAAUUUGUGAAUUAAUAGAAAAACUAGAUGAAGAAAAAAAAAAAAAAAAUGAAAUAGACAUAUUUAUAAAUUCCAAAAAAGAAGAAUUAAAUGAACUUAAAAAUAAAGAAAAAGAUUCUGAAAAACAUUUAUUAGAUAUUAAAGGAGAAAUGAAAAAACUUGAAUUCAGUUAUAAAAAAGAAAAUGAUGAAAUUAAAGAAACGAAGAAAAUAUUAAAAGAAAUUUGCAAAAAAACGGAAUCAGAAAUUAUGCAACUUCAUAAAGAUUAUGAUGAAAAAACAAAAAAUUUAUAUAGUUCCAAAAAUUAUAAAAUAGAUAUAAAUUCUGUAGAAAAAAAAAAAAUGAAAGAAGAAAUAGAUGAAUAUUUUGAAAAAAUAAAAAAAGAGUAUGAAUUAAAAAAAAAAGAGUUUGAAAAAGAUGAAAAAGGAAAAAAUGAUGAAGAAAACAAACAACUUGAUGAAGAGUUAAAAAAGAAAGACGACUUGAUAAAUUAUUAUAAAGAACUAUUAAGUAAACAUAAGGAUAAUGAAAGUGAUAAGAAAUAUUUAGAAGAUGAUAAAGGAAAUGAAAUACAGAAUAAUAAUUCAAAAAAAAAGGAAUAUAUUAAAUCAUAUCAAAAGAAUAAUACUUAUAAUAAUCUGAAUAAAUAUAAAUUAUAUACAAUGUCUGAUCAGUAUAAGUUUGGUUAUUUCGAUGUAACAUCUCCUGGUGUUAUAAGAAAAAGUAUUAAAAUACAAAAUCGUUCAGUUAAGUCACCACAUAUCACCAGAUUACUUGAAAAAAUAAAAAAUAGAAAAGAAUGUCAAACAUUAAUAGGUUCUAAAAAAACAUCAUUGUAUCAAGUUAAUAGUAAUAAUAAUAAUAAUAAUAGUAAUAAAAUUUUUUCUAAAAUAAAGAAGUCAAAAAACAAUAAUUCUUUUGAUUUAUUUCAACAUUUAUAA